CCAGUGCUUGUUUUGCUUUUUGCACUCCUUCUUCCUUUUAUGUGCACUAAGGUCUAGUUAAUUUCUCAUAUAAAUCUAUUGUUUGUUAUAGGUUAGCAACGAUGUAGAAAAUGGCAGAAGAUAGUGAGCUUGCUGCGUUUAGGGAGCGCUGGCAGCAAGAAUUAAAUAGCAAAAAGGAAAAACAUGAAACUGUCCAUUACGCUGAUUCAAGUAAGGUUUCUUGUGAGUUAAAAGACUCAAAAAGGCGUUAUUUUGAGGAGAAGGAUGAUCACAUAGACGAUAAGAUUGGGCGUUAUAGUCCAACCAAUGAUGUGUCUGUAGAUAAAGGUGAAGGUGUGAAGUCAAAUGAUGAGGAUCAGCCGGGGUACGUUUCCAUUGCGAGUAGUUUACUGGAUGGACGGACGAGCCCCCUGCUGGAGAGGAUUGAGGAGGAGAGAUCAAAAAGGAGAAGACAAAAUGACACUGUGACAGACACAUCACUGCAACAUCAGAGGCUGCAGAAGAAAGUAAAGAGACAAGAGCAGCUGGUAGAUCAACUCAUCCAAGACCUGAAUGAGGUUGAUGACAUUCCAUUUUUCGAUAUAGACUUGCCUUAUGAGCUAGCAUUAAAGAUUUUUCAGUAUCUCAACUGCAAAGAGCUUGGCCGAUGUGCACAGGUGAGCAGGGCAUGGAGAGUCCUUGCAGAGGACUGUGUUCUGUGGUUCAGGUUGUGCGUGAGGGCAGGCUUUCAUCAGGAUGCCAGUGUGUCUGACUCCCCCUGCUGGAAGAGCACACUACGGGACUGCAGGAACUCAGCCAAAACUGUAUGCUCCAACUGGAAGAAUCGAGUAGGAUCCAUCAGCCAGUUGCAGUUUGAGCUUGGGAAGGUGCUGUGUGAUGUCAACUCUUGUGAAAACUUUGUUUUUGCUGGUUACACCUCUGGAGCUGUGAGGCUGUGGGACACAAUACACUGGGACUCAGGCGCCUCCUAUUUGAAACCUAACUGCCUGUCUGCCAACACGGAGCCACGGCCAUAUGUUAGCCUUGUGCAGGUGAAUAGAACUGUGGCAGCAGCUGCAUAUGAAGACGGCUGUGUAGAUGUGUGGAGCACUGAGACAGGAGGACAGCCUAUAUACCAUUACCAGUGCCCUGAGCGGAUCAGGACCCUGGCCCUGAGUGCCGAUGCCCCCAUCCUGGGCUCCUCCUCUGGGCCGCACAUACGCCUCGACCGGCCUGACGACUGUGGCUACUGGGGGACAGCGUACCAGGCUCACCUCCCAAAGACGGUGGAGAUCUUAGUCAUGGUGUCUGGUAAGGAGCCUUCUGGGCCAUUGGCUGCUGUUGCUGCUGAGGACAGUGUUUAUUUGCUGGACUCUCGAACAGAAGAGCCACACCCUCUUCACUCCGUAUAUGGUCAUCCCGUUACCUGCCUGGACGCCUCCCAGACCCAUGUGGCUUUUGGGGUGAAGCGCACUGGCUGGGCGAUGCAUGAUGGAGGCAACAAGAUCCACGUAUACAGCCUGGAGGGUGGCAAAGCAGAAGUUUGUGUGGGCAGUUCCGCGGGGGAUUUCACCUGCAUCAACUUGAGAGACAGCCCGCCUCACCUCGUUGUCUGCGGCAACAAAGACAGGAGAGUCCGGGUGUUUGAUCUCCGGACCGGUGCCUCCGUUGCGUCCCUGUACGCCCAUCACCUCGGUGUCACUGCAGUGCAGACAGACGAGUGGAAGAUCGUGAGCGGGGGAGGGGAGGGGCUGGUGUGUGUGUGGGAGAUGAGGAUGGGGACCAAGCUGUGGGAGAUGCACAACAGGCAUCCAGUGAGGCACAUACGGUUCAGCGGCAGCAGGCUGGUAACAGCCAAUAUCCCAGACGACAAAGCACCGAGGGGGGCCUGCAUCACAGAUGACGACCUCACAGCUCACCGCAGGCACAGAGGAGUGAUCUGCCAUUAUGAUUUCUCAGAGGAUGCUUUGUCCCAGGAUCACAUUCUUCCCAUCUGCAGAUCUGACUACACUGAGUCACAUGGAUACAACUACAAUAUCGGCCUGGCUGUGCCCUAUGACAGACUGAGCGGUUCCCACCCAUCUUUAUGACAACAAGAAACUGCUUUAAGUAAUCACAUUCUGACAGUAAUGUUUUUACAACCCAGGAAAUACAGCCUUUUCCAUAUUAUCAAAGCAUUUUAAGUUUUAUGAUUAUGAGAUACAUACAAAUACAGAUUUGUGGACUGUUUUUUAAAAUAAGUUUAAUUAUUGAAUUGUAUCAUAAAAUCCUAGAUGUAUAAAUCAUUUACAAAUAUACAGUCAUAUCUAACAAAACUAAAAAUAUGUCAAUAAAACAGUUAAUCUUUGGGAAA